AUGCCACUUUACGAUUGUCUCAUCAUCGGCGGCGGGCCCGCUGGUCUGUCGACAGCGCUCGGGCUGUGUCGUGCGGUCCGAUCUUGCGUUGUGUUUGACGACGGCAGGUACCGCAACUGGGCUACGUCAUAUAUGCACACGGUCCCGACUUGGGACCAUCGUCGACCUGAAGAUUACCGCCAAGCGGCAACCGAAGAGCUCCUAAAUGGGCGUUACGAUACAGUUUCUGAGAUUUCGACGUCACCGGUUCUUGACGUCGUGGUCCGAGUUGUUGUGGAUUCUAACGAUAGCAACGGCCACUCUUCUCCACGACGCGUGUUUGUGGCCAUUGACCAGAACGGUACCGAGUGGCACGCACGCACCGUCGUGUUUGCAUCAGGAGUCGAAGACUUACUACCACCAAAUGAUCGGGUUCCUGGGUUUGCUUCUGGCUGGGGACAGUGUAUUUUCCACUGUCUUUUUUGCCACGGCUUUGAGGAGCGUGGCGCCGAGUCUGCCGGCGUACUUAUUCUGACUCCAGGCGCGUUCCAGUUUUCAGCUGCGUUUGCUGGUAUGGCUGCUCGACUUGCUCGUAAAAUCACAGUCUACACAAAUGGCCUUGAUCUAUCGGAAGGUGGGUCCGGUCCAGACCCUAUAGAAGGCCUGCUUCGUAGAAACGAAUUCGAUAUUGAUACCCGACCAAUAGAACGGCUUACCCCUUACAAAACAAACGCAGACCGGAGGCAUGAGGACGGGCCCCCAGGAAUCGAUAUCCAUUUUAAAGACGGAUCAAUCCCCGUCCAUCACGCGUUUCUCGUUUGCCGGCCCGAGCAACGCGUCCGCAACAGGCGAAUUAUGGAGGCUCUUGGAGUUCGGUUUGCUGCCGCAACUGGACUUGCCGAGGUCGUUUCACCUAUGAAUGCGACCCACGUUCCAGGCGUGUUUGUCGCCGGCGACAAUAAUACCAUGUAUCAGCAAGUCGUCAAUGCCUUUUGUCAAGGCGGCAUGGUUUCUGGCGGCGUGCACCACUACCUUCUAACUAAAGAGCUCAACGGCGAAUAA